UCUUUGCACAUUAAAUUGUCUGGCAUUGUAAUAAUCGUUAUUUACAAAAUUUGUCACUUAAUUUGUAGAAAUAAUUUUAGUGAAAUAUGUUUACUUAACGUUCUAAUGUAUUAGACGCGUCUACUUUAGGCAUUAGACGUCUGGGCGCUGGGCGGAGGUCACACACGUAUUAAAUAUGUUUAUCAAUAACUUUUAGUCGUUCCUCUUGAAACUACAGUGACGAGAUAAUCCAGAAGUGUUUAAAAAGAAAUCUGAUCAUUGGAACCGGAACCACAACACUUCUCAAGAAGCCAGUCACAUCGCUCCGUAAAGGAAGAUCGUUCAACACCAGUGACAAGAUGGGUCGCGGCGGUGGCGUACCUCCAUCGCGGCCGCCGUCUCAGGCGGCGUACUACGUGGCGCUAGCCGGGGUAGCGCUGCUGUUGCUAAUGUUGUGCUGCUACUUCCUCUACUUCUGCAUUAAGAAGAUCAACGAACUGUCUGAGCACGAAUCACUAUGUGGAGCACCCGCUUCUCGCGCUCAACCCACACCCGCGCGCACUGAAGCCUAUCCUGUGCAGCCAGUGGUGCGAGACAGUGCAACAGCGAUGGCAAAGCUGUGCAAGGAGCUACCGAGCAGCGGCGGUCGGAGCACAGUGUUCCCCGCGGCAUCGUCGCCCGCGGCUCUGCUGGCGGACACGGGCGUGCGCGGCGGCUCGCUGACGUCAGGAGAAGGCGCCACGCUCAGCGAGGAUACCGCCACCACCGGCACGAGCUUGGAGUCCCCUCCGCCUGCCAUCGCGCCAAUGCCUGACAGGUAAACCGUCCCACCACUCAGCAUCAUUUAGAAUUUUAGGUAAACGUAAGCCGUGACAAUAUAUCGGUCACUUUCGCUUAGUUAGCCAUAUUAGAUAUUUAAUUGUAGCUGAGCCUCUGUUUCGCAAAAUUUAUUCAAAAAGUCAUUUAUUCUACAAGUAGGUCCUUUCUAUGUAGUUAAACCUACUUAUCUACUGGUGCUAACUUGCUAAGUGUAGCGGGAGUUUAACAAUUGGUGUAUGUGAAAAAAAAAUGUUUGGUAAAGAUUUACUAAAACGUAAUUCACAAAUAACCUAAGCCUUUACAAAGCUUAAAUUACCUACGUGAAGACAGACGGGCAAGGGCUCUAAUAUAGAAGGCUUUAUGUACUUAUCUGUGUAUAGCCCUAAACUUGAGAGAUACCUACCUUAUAAUGGACCCACUGAUGAUUGCUACUCACAUACAUCUUUGACGUUUUAUUAUUUGAUGUUCCAAGACUGAUAAUGUUUUCAUUUCGGGAAGAAAACGUCUUUGAAAGCGUUGUAUAAUGGACCAACUAUUUAUAUGUUACCCACUGUUAAAAUUUGGAAAACUUUUUACCCUAAACCAAUAAGUAUCGAAUAUAAACGCAUGCAUCCAUAUUAAACAUGAGAAAAAUUCCUAUCUGAUAACGAUAGAAAUAAUAUUAAGUUGGUAUGCCAUAGAGGAUGUGUAUUUAUGUAUAUUAUAGCAGCAGUACCUAUGUAUAUUAUGUAUGUAAUCUGUUAUGUUGGUACGAGUAUGUCUGAGGCGUAUA